CCUCAUAAGACCUGACAGCCAGGAGAGGGCACAUUUCAGGGACACCAUGGAGGGUGGCUUCACUGGGGGUGAUGAGUACCAGAAGCACUUCCUGCCCAGGGACUACUUGGCCACUUACUACAGCUUCGAUGGCAGCCCCUCACCCGAGGCUGAGAUACUGAAGUUUAACUUGGAAUGUCUCCACAAGACCUUCGGGCCUGGAGGCCUUCAAGGGGAUACGCUGAUCGACAUUGGCUCAGGCCCUACCAUCUACCAAGUUCUUGCUGCCUGUGAGUCCUUCCGAGACAUCACUCUCUCUGACUUUACUGACCGCAACCGGGAGGAGCUGGAAAAGUGGCUGAAGAAGGAGCCGGGGGCCUAUGACUGGACCCCGGUGGUGAAAUUUGCCUGUGAACUGGAAGGAAACAGCGGCCGUUGGGAGGAGAAGGAGGAGAAGCUGCGGGCAGCAGUGAAGCGGGUGCUCAAGUGUGAUGUCCACCUGGGCAACCCGCUGGCCCCUGCUGUGUUGCCCCCCGCCGACUGUGUGCUUACCCUGCUGGCCAUGGAGUGUGCCUGCUGUAGCCUUGAUGCCUACCGCACUGCACUGUGCAACCUUGCCUCACUGCUCAAGCCGUGUGGCCACCUGGUGACCACAGUCACGCUUCAGAUCUCAUCCUACAUGGUGGGGAAGCGUGAAUUUUCCUGUGUGGUCCUGGAGAAGGAGGAGGUGGAGCAGGCUGUCCUGGAUGCUGGCUUUGACAUUGAACAGCUCCUACAGAAUCCCCAGAGCUACUCUGUCACCAAUGCUGCCAGCUCUGGGGUCUGCUUCAUUGUGGCUCGCAAGAAGCCUAGGCCCUGAGCCAGGAGGGCCAGCCAGAGGUCUGGUCAGGCUGUGAGGCUUUGGCCAUCUGUAUGCUAGAGAGGGGUGAGGAAUGGAUACUAACAGCCUCUGAUUUCAAUACUAACAUUUCAUCUUCUGAAACUCUGAGAUUCUAACAUCCUUGUUUUAGAAUUCUAAGUUUCCAACAUUCCUCAUUCUAGGAUCCUAGGAGUGGAAUUUUCCAUUUUCUAGUCUACUAAGCCUUACAGCUAUCUUAGAUGUGAUCUGACUCCUGUGUGACUGUGGAGCACCCAGGGACAUGGUUUCAGAGUCUACCUAAUAUGUUAAGAACAAGGAAACCUCUGGACAGU